AUGGUGUUGGAGGUGACUGUGGCGUGUGCCGCUGUGCCCGUCUCCCUGCCAGACACAAUAUUGACCUACUGCCUACGCUCCUCUUGUUCCAUCUCUGCAGUGCAAGGCCAAGGUGUUGAGUGGUGCCGUCCCAUUGGCUCCACGCCGGUGCCGGGACCCGUCAAGGUGUUCAGCUUGGUGGCGGGGUGGUGGCCACCACUCCUCCAGCUGUGGGCGCCUUGGAAAUGUGUACCAUUCACGCCUGGAGCAGAGGCUCUGGACUCUACGGCUGGAGCAGAGGCUCUGGACUCUACGGCUGGAGCAGAGGCUCUGGACUCCACACCUGGAGCAGAGGCUCUGGACUCUACGGCUGGAGCAGAGGCUCUGCACUCUACGGCUGGAGCAGAGGCUCUGGACUCUACGGCUGGAGCAGAGGCUCUGGACUCCACACCUGGAGCAGAGGCUCUGGACUCCACACCUGGAGCAGAGGCUCUGGACUCCACACCUGGAGCAGAGGCUCUGGACUCUACGGCUGGAGCAGAGGCUAUGGACUCUAUGGCUAGAGCAGAGGCUCUGGACUCUACGGCUGGAGCAGAGGCUCUGGACUCUAUGGCUGGAGCAGAGGCUCUGCACUCUAUGGCUGGAGCAGAGGCUCUGGACUCUACGGCUGGAGCAGAGGCUCUGGACUCUACGGCUGGAGCAGAGGCUCUGGACUCUACGGCUGGGGCAGAGGCUCUGGACUCUACGGCUGGGGCAGAGGCUCUGGACUCCACACCUGGGGCAGAGGCUCUGGGCUCCACACCUGGGGCAGAGGCUCUGGACUCUAUGGCUGGAGCAGAGGCUCUGGACUCCACACCUGGAGCAGAGGCUCUGGACUCUACACCUGGAGCAGAGGCUCUGGACUCCACACCUGGAGCAGAGGCUCUGGACUCUACACCUGGAGCAGAGGCUCUGGACUCUAUGGCUGGAGCAGAGGCUCUGCACUCUAUGGCUGGAGCAGAGGCUCUGGACUCUACGGCUGGAGCAGAGGCUCUGGACUCUACGGUUGGAGCAGAGGCUCUGGACUCUACGGCUGGAGCAGAGGCUCUGGACUCUACGGCUGGAGCAGAGGCUAUGGACUCUAUGGCUAGAGCAGAGGCUCUGGACUCUACGGCUGGAGCAGAGGCUCUGGACUCUACACCUGGAGCAGAGGCUCUGGACUCUACACCUGGAGCAGAGGCUCUGGACUCUACACCUGGGGCAGAGGCUCUGGACUCUACACCUGGAGCAGAGGCUCUGGACUCUACGGCUGGAGCAGAGGCUCUGGACUCUACACCUGGGGCAGAGGCUCUGGACUCUACACCUGGGGCAGAGGCUCUGGACUCUACACCUGGGGCAGAGGCUCUGGACUCUACGGCUGGAGCAGAGGCUCUGGACUCCACACCUGGGGCAGAGGCUCUGGACUCUACGGCUGGAGCAGAGGCUCUGGACUCCACACCUGGGGCAGAGGCUCUGGACUCUACGGCUGGAGCAGAGGCUCAGGACUCCACACCUGGGGCAGAGGCUCUGGACUCUACACCUGGGGCAGAGGCUCUGGACUCUACGGCUGGAGCAGAGGCUCUGGACUCUACGGCUGGGGCAGAGGCUCUGGACUCUACGGCUGGAGCAGAGGCUCUGGACUCUACGGCUGGAGCAGAGGCUCUGGACUCUACGGCUGGAGCAGAGGCUCUGGACUCUACGGCUGGAGCAGAGACUCUGGACUCUACGGCUGGAGCUGAGGCUCUGGACUCUACGCCUGGAGCAGAGGCUCUGGACUCCACACCUGGAGCAGAGGCUCUGGACUCCACACCUGGAGCAGAGGCUCUGGACUCCACACCUGGAGCAGAGGCUCUGGACUCCACACCUGGAGCAGAGGCUCUGGACUCCACACCUGGAGCAGAGGCUCUGGACUCCACACCUGGAGCAGAGGCUCUGGACUCUACGGCUGGAGCAGAGGCUCUGGACUCUACGGCUGGGGCAGAGGCUCUGGACUCUGCGGCUGGAGCAGAGGCUCUGGACUCUACGGCUGGAGCAGAGACUCUGGACUCUACGGCUGGAGCUGAGGCUCUGAACUCUACGGCUGGAGCAGAGGCUCUGGACUCCACACCUGGAGCAGAGGCUCAGGACUCCACACCUGGAGCAGAGGCUCAGGACUCCACACCUGGAGCAGAGGCUCUGGACUCCACACCUGGAGCAGAGGCUCUGGACUCCACACCUGGAGCAGAGGCUCUGGACUCCACACCUGGAGCAGAGGCUCUGGACUCCACACCUGGAGCAGAGGCUCUGGACUCCACACCUGGAGCAGAGGCUCUGGACUCCACACCUGGAGCAGAGGCUCUGGACUCCACACCUGGAGCAGAGGCUCUGGACUCCACACCUGGAGCAGAGGCUCUGGACUCUACACCUGGAGCAGAGGCUCUGGACUCUACACCGUGGGAAAAAAAGGGGGGUUUCAGGGUAGUGGUGACUCCAGACUCUGGAGUUGGUGGUAGGGACUCGGGCCGCUGGUGA